AUGUGCUACUUUCUUUUAUUAUUCUCUUUAGUCAAACGGGCAAUUCAGUAUUGGCUUGAUAAAUCCACGAUUCACGUUGUUCCAAGAUGGAUUGGAUUCGGCGUUCUGCUUCUGUUAUUUUUUCUCCGGAUCUACUUUGUUCAGGGAUACUUUAUUGUGGCAUACGGAUUAGGAAUUUUCUUACUGAAUAACUUCAUUGCGUUCCUUUCCCCUCUGGAAGAUCCGUUGAAUGACGGCCCCUCACUACCAUCCACUGAUCAAGAAGCGAAAGAGUACCGACCCUUUACACGACGGUUGCCCGAGUUCAAAUUUUGGUUGGCUUGCGCGAGAGGGACUUUGACUAGUAUUUUUAUGACCUUCUUUUCGGUUUUUGAUAUUCCCGUGUUUUGGCCCAUUCUGCUGUUGUAUUUUUUUGUCCUGUUUUUCAUGACAAUGAAGCGACAAAUUAUGCACAUGUACAAACACAAGUAUAUCCCCAUAAGCUUCGGAAAAGCGAAAUAC